UCCGGAGCAAUUCGGUGAUAUUUUUGGAUGCGUGGGUGUGAAAAAUUAAGUUGUGAAAAUAAACACCGAGCUUAUAGAAAGAACUAUUACUUCCUUCGUAGCCUAGACUUAAUUGAAGUAUAGAUACAUAUAACCCUUCGGUGUUAAAUUUCUUUCAUUAUUUGAUUGGAUUGGGAUUAUAUAGUAUCAUAUGACUGGAAUAGUGGACGAAUUGGGCUAUAAAUACGAUCAGUAAAUUCCUUAUGAAAUUAUAUUCGGUGUACUUUCGAUAUCAAGUAUAACUAACUAAACUUAUCAAACAUGACUCAACAAAUUUAUUUUAUUGCUGGUGCUACUCGUGGUAUUGGUCUUGUAUUGACUAAGAAAUUCGCUGAAGCCAAUUCUUCCAAUUUAAUUAUUGCCUCUGCUAGAAAUUUAGAUAAGUCAGAUGAAUUGAAAGCUUUAGCUGCGAAAUUGUCCAACAUCAAGAUUAUUCAAUUGGAUUUCGCUUCCGAAGAAUCUAUCAAUACUGUUGAUAAACAAUUAGAAGCUUUAGGAAUUAAAGGAAUUGAUACUUUCAUUUCAAAUGCAGGUAUUUUUGAAAACAAGCUUACCCUUUUUGAAACUGAUGGUGCAGACUUGAAAAAGCAUUAUGCAGUCAAUACUGUAGGUCCAGUUUUGAUUUUCCAAAAAGUAUACAAAUAUUUAUUGGAAAGGGAAACCUAGAAGGUUGUCUUUA